GUUAUUGUAAAGUUCUUCUACAAGUUUCUUGCACGGUGCCAAAUAUUGCAUUUCCAACUGUUGCUUCGGGUUGUCCACGUGACUAAUCGAUGAGCUAAUUCUGGAGUUACAUGUGGAGAUUACAUCUUUCGAAAGAUUAACAUUCGAAAGGCUUUGCUGUUUUUGUUGAAGAGCGCUGCUAGAGUUUUGGUCGCAACAUGUGUCCAAAAGAGGACAAAUACUUAGCUAAUGACGUUUGUGAGUCGUUUUAUUGAUCAUUUAAUUUCCUGCCUCUGUCCAAUGGCACAAACAAAAAAACAGCACCAGUUUUUUGCAUGUAUCCAGAAGUAUGAUAGAAUGUGUACAGACAUGCCAUGCACAGAUCAUCCUGUAAUAGCCAUUGUCUAAUGAUUUAACACCAGCUCCAUCCAUCGAUAGUCUCGGUGUGCCGUCGUCGAGCUGAACGUUGUUUGCGUGUCAUGUGUUCUCAGUUUCCUUCAAUUCUGUACCAUAUGGCAUAUUCAUUCUCGUUAAUCAUAGGUGGUUCUCCAACAAUUCUCAGCAUAUACCUCUGGAAAAAUCCAGGGCACCAGCUUUAAUUUGUGGCAACAGCGAGAAAGGUAAGGCAGUUAUCUCGAAAGCUGCGAGAAGCCGGCACGUUUCUUAAGAUAGAGCUUCGCAAGCAAAAAGAAAAUCUUCUCUUUAUGCACAUCGCGGUAUUAGCAACCUCGGCUUUUCAGUGCAGCAAAGUUGCCACCUUCGGAGUGGCCUAGGAUCAAUGUGCCUAUCUGUUAACCUUAAAGACAUGGUAAGGAUGUGCAAUAUAUAUCGGAAAAGUAACUUCCACCUAUUUUCGGAAAUGAAUAUUACUCUAUACGAAAUAAGCUCGCCAGCUAACUGGCUAAUCGAUUAAUUAUCCAUACGUCUUUGUGUACAACGAUUUAUACGGAGUGGUAAAACUGACGGUGUUCGAUAGCGCAGUAAAGACUGCGUGCUUCGAUGCACCUUUGCCAGUACUCCCUCACGCCUUCUUUAGAUACUAUUUGACUGAGUUGUUUAAGCAUUGCCUUCCAGCACCUAGCAAGUGUAGAUCAACGGCUGACAACCAUAACGACGCCUGCAACAAAUGAUGUUUGGCCUGCUUUGUGUCCCAAUUUACCUAAUUUUAACUGAUAAACGAUGACGUCACCAUCAAAGCAGAUAACAGUUGACUAGACAAAGAAGCGAAUGAUUCAUCCGUUAGAAAGCUUUUUUCAAUAGAUAGUUUAUGCACCUCCACGUUUUACGAUCAAUGUACCCAAACCAAUGCCCAAAUCAAACACGACAUCAUUCUCGUUGGACUAUCGCAUGUAGACAUAGCAUGCUGGACUGAUUAUCUCUACAAACACACGACGUUGGCAGUUCCUGUUCCGCUCUAUCGGACGGCAACAACCACAACCAGCUCGAACAUUGGUUAGUGAGACUUAUAUCGGUAAUGGAAGCUUCCAACGCCACACCAGUUCGGAGUUGGCAGCAUCUUCUACUUUCUAGGCCGAACAAGAAACAGGAUCGCUUCCGCGAGCAUAUCAACAAUAAAUUUGCUCUCAACUUAGGUAACUAUCACGAACUGUACCGAUGGUCAGUUGAUCAGUAUCCUUUGUUCUGGGAAGAAUAUCUUCGGUUUUCAGAUAUUCUCGUGUCAUCACAAUAUACUCAGGUCAUUGAAGAUGUUCCAAUGGAGAAGAUCCCUCGAUGGUUUUCCGGCUGCCGGCUUAACUACGCAGAAAACUUGCUACGCGGACCUGACGACGCGGUCGCACUAUACGUUACAGAUGAAUGGCUAUCGAUCAGGAAGGUGACUUUUUCUGAACUUCGUCGAGAGGUAGCUCGUUAUUCGGCAGCGUUACGGCAGUUAGGUGUGAAACAAGGAGAUCGUGUGUGUGGGUACGUGGGCAAUACGGAUCAUGCAGUUACGGCGUAUCUAGCCACCGCGACGGUUGGUGCAAUCUGGAGUUCAACCAGCCCUGAUCUUGGAUACCAUGCGGUUAUCCAGCGAUUUCAACAAAUAAAACCAAAGGUUAUAUUUGCUGUCGACAGGCAGACAUACAAUAAGAAAAUACACGAAAAGCUUGACAGUCUGCGGAACAUCCUUGAGCCGUUAGAUUCUGUGGAGAAGGUGAUUAUACUUCCUUACGACAAAACACGCUUGGAUAUAUCCAACAUACGAAACGCGAUCUACCUCGAUGAGCUUCUCGCUGAAGUAGGGGAUUCGUCAAGCUUGCAGUUCGAGCAGGUGGAAUUUUCUGCUCCGUUGUGUAUCUUGUUUACAUCAGGCACCACUGGACGACCUAAGUGUAUGGUACAUUCAGUUGGCGGAACACUCAUUCAACACAGAAAAGAACAUGAACUGCUCGGAGAACUUAAUGAACAUGACAUAUUCUUCUACUACACCACGACCGGGUGGAUGAUGUGGAACUGGCUCGUAUCUGGUUUGGCGGCUGGAGCAGCGUUGGUUCUGUACGAAGGUGCCCCUAUGCCUCGGGAUGAACCGUUCGUGCUGUUUGACAUCGCGGCACGCGUUCGGAUGACUGUGUUUGGCACCUCUGCCAAAUAUCUGGCAGCGGUCGAAGAGCUCGAAAUAGGUGGACUUAUAGCCAAGCGGUUUGACUUGAGUACUCUGCACACAGUGUUGGCGACAGGCUCAACGUUGAUGCCACAUAGUUUCGAUUUCGUGUACAACCAUAUCAAGGAAGACGUCAUGCUUGGUUCAAUUUCGGGCGGGUCUGAUAUCAUCUCAUGUUUUGUUGGUCAGAACUGCACUUUGCCUGUCGUUCGAGGAGAAGUGCAGAGUCGUAAUCUCGCAAUGGAUAUUAGGGCCUUUGAUUCUUCAGGCUCUCCCGUUGAAGGCGCCAAGGGUGAGCUAGUGUGCUGUAGCCCGUUUCCUUCUAUGCCAGUGUUCUUUUGGGGCGAUAAAAAUAAUAGGUUGUACCAUAAAACGUAUUUCGAAAAGUUUCCAAACGUCUGGCAUCAUGGAGACUUUUGCCAAAUCAAUCCCGCCACUGGAGGCGUACUUAUGCUGGGCCGAAGUGAUGCCACUCUAAACCCCAACGGAAUACGAUUUGGAUCAAGCGAGGUUUACAAUGUCGUGGAUACCAUUGUGAAUGUGGAGGACAGUGUGUGCGUUUCAUACGUAUCAAAAAAAACCAAGGACGAGAAAGUCUGCCUAUUUGUCAAAAUGAAAAGUCCCCACACCCUGACUGAGGAUAUUCGUAAAUCGAUCAGUAUCGCGAUAAGAGACGGCCUCUCAGCCCGACAUGUGCCCUCGUUAAUCGCAGAAGUUGUUGACAUUCCAUAUACCCUGAAUGGCAAAAAAAUCGAAGUUGCAGUCAAGAAGAUCAUCAAUGGUGACACUCGAAUCGAUACGAGCACUAUUGCAAAUCCAGCGUGUCUUAAGUGCUUUGAGGAUUUGGCCCCGGAGAUUGCAGCUCUCGAUUAAAAACACAAUAAGAUGCUGAGGCAACAAUCACGUCAACAGUGGGGCAUUAUUUACUUUUCGUCCGCUGUUUGUGUGUGUGUGUGUGUGUGUGUCUUUGUCCGCUGUUUGUUAAGAUGCAAAAAAACGAAAACAGGUGGCUUUGUAUCAUCUGUAAAUAUGAGAAAAGAAGUUUUUAAAUAGCUGACGAUGAAGUAUUCGGGAAUUGCAUGUUGUUUCCCCACCGUUCAUUGUUAACGUGUCCACAAAUAGAAGCACUGAGAUUAUCUUUCAUUUGCUAAGUUUCGUUACAUUAAUGUGCAUGUUCUGAAUAACUGACAAAGUUAUUAAUAAAGACAGCUUUCAGUAAAAACACAA